UGAGCAGUCGGGCUCCGCGGACGGGACGCGAGGACGAGUUGAUGAAGGCCAUGGAGCGCGAAGUCCAGCGGGUUCGCGAUGCCUUCCGGUCCGGCCGGUCGCGACCUCUGAGGUUCCGGCUGCAGCAGCUGGAGGCCCUGCGCAGGAUGGUGCAGGAGCGCGAAAAGGACAUCCUGGCGGCCCUCUCCUCCGAUUUGUGCAAGAGUGAACUUAAUGCUUACAGUCAGGAAGUCAUUACUGUUCUUGGGGAAAUUGAUCUAAUGCUGGAGAAGCUUCCUGAAUGGGUUACUGCUAAACCAGCCAAGAAGAACCUGCUAACCAUGCUGGAUGAGGCCUUUGUUCAACCAGAGCCCCUGGGAGUUGUACUGAUUAUAGGAGCUUGGAACUACCCCUUUGUUCUCAACAUUCAGCCACUGAUAGGAGCCAUUGCUGCAGGAAAUGCUGUGAUUAUCAAGCCUUCUGAACUAAGUGAAAAUACAGCCAAUAUCUUGGCUAAGCUCCUCCCCCAAUAUUUAGACCGGGACCUGUAUGUUGUUGUUAACGGGGGUGUUCCGGAAACCACGGAGCUCCUGAAGCAGCGGUUUGACUACAUCUUCUAUACUGGAAACCCUGCAGUUGGAAGAAUUAUCAUGGAGGCUGCUGCCAAGCACCUGACUCCUGUGACCCUUGAACUGGGAGGCAAGAGUCCAUGCUACAUUGACAAAGAUUGUGACCUGGACAUCGCCUGCAGACGCAUAGCCUGGGGGAAGUACAUGAAUUGCGGUCAAACCUGUAUUGCUCCCGACUACAUUCUCUGUGAGUCGUCUCUCCAGAAUCAGAUCGUGCAGAAGAUUAAGGACACUGUGAAGGAAUUUUAUGGAGAAAAUAUAAAAGAAUCUCCUGAUUAUGAAAGGAUCAUCAAUCUUCGUCAUUUUAAGAGGGUACUAAGUUUGCUUGAAGGACAGAAGAUAGCUUUUGGAGGGGAGACUGAUGAAGCCACCCGCUACAUAGCCCCAACAAUACUUACUGAUGUUAAUCCUGAUACCAAAGUGAUGCAAGAAGAAAUUUUUGGACCAGUUCUUCCAAUAGUGCCUGUGAAGAAUGCAGAUGAAGCCAUAGAAUUCAUAAAUGCUCGUGAAAAGCCCUUGGCUAUCUAUCUGUUUUCUCAUAACAGUAAGCUCAUUCGACGGAUGAUCGACAGCACAUCCAGCGGCGGUGUCACGGCCAACGACGUGAUCAUGCACUUCACGCUCAGCUCUUUGCCCUUCGGCGGAGUGGGUUCGAGUGGGAUGGGAGCUUAUCAUGGACAACAUAGUUUCGACACUUUUUCUCAUCAACGUGCCUGUUUAUUAAAAAGUUUUAAGGGAGAAGCUGCUAACAAAGUCAGAUAUCCUCCCAACAGCCAGUCAAAGGUGGAUUGGGCAAAAUUUUUCCUCUUGAAACGGUUCAGCAAAGGAAAACUCAGUCUCCUGUUCCUCGCGUUCCUGGGCAUUGUGGCUGCUGUGCUUGUCAAGAAACACCAGGCUGUGCUGAGGAGGAGGGCGCUGGCCUCCUGGCAGUCCUGGAGGCAGUGGUGAGGCGGCUCAGCGCAGCUGUCUGUCAGAGCGAGGCUGUAUACUACUGAAGAACGGUCCUGUUCAGCCUCCUAUUGCCUCUACUAAAUUAUUUCUUUAUUACAUAGCUAAUGAACCAAUAAUUUUAACAUCCUACCAAAAAAUAGUAAAACAUGCAGCACUAUAAUCAACCCUAAAGUCAUUACCAAGCACCAUUAAUACAAUUUGCCAUUUCAGCCAAAUUCCAACAUUUCCCAAGUGAGGGUGCUCAGAGAACCUGUUCCAGACGGUGCUGCCCAGACCAUAGAAGGAGAGUGUGUCCAGCUAUGUGAAGGAGUCUCAGAACCUACUUGGUGACUUCCUCACUCCAGUGCAUGGGACGUGGGUCACCUGCCCUGUCCCUGCUAUUGCCUCCAUCACUCUGGGAACUUUCAAGAGCUCAGUGCUGCCCAGGGUUGCCAGCAGCUCUCUGCAGUCCAGAGAGAUGUGGCUAGAUCUGCCAGGCUCCAGAACUGGGGGGGGCAGGGGAGAAUCCCUGUCCCUCAUUCAUCCCUUGGGACUUGAGGACCUGACCUCCAGCAGUUGGCCCUCUUGUCAAACGUGCUGUGUGACCACUGGGUUUCCUCCUUUCUCGCCCAUUCACCACUCUGCCUUGUGUUCAGUUUGUGGCAAUUGCGUCCCUGUCCACAAGGCUGAUUGUGACAUUCCCAAAGCAGCUUGUAGCUCCUAGGACUUCCUGGAAGACAGUGCUAGUGUCCCACAGGUAUCUGAUGGUGUAGGAGUUGGAGAAUUCUACAUCUUAUAAAACCUAACUGGCACUUUAAUCUUCACCCAAGGAUAUUUUUCCAUUGAUUUUUUUAGAUAGAAUGUAAGAGAGGGAGGGAGAGGGAGA